GAAUCCUCUCGCUCAUUACUGUUGGGCGGUCGGAUCAGGUAUGUUCAGUGACACACAUUCUGCUGUGAGCUCUUGAUUCUGGUGGUUCUGCAACUGUGAUUUGCUUUUCGAAGAAAAAGAAAAGAAAAGAAAAGAAAGAAACGUCACAACGGACCUGGAUUGUACUUCACGUCAGCUGGUAAAGUGAUGUAACUGGAAAAUCUAAGGAAAAGCUGUAAGAAAAUGACACCGAGUUAUCCCUGGAAAUAGACAAACAACUGAAUAGCGACAAAGUGAAAAGUGAUAUCCGAUCCACAUGAUGAUCUUCAAACUUUUCUUCUCACGGAUCACCAAAGAUUUCCGGCAGAAGGAGCUUCUGCCCCUUAAAUUACUCUUCUUUGUCCACGCUUCAACUCUGUUCGUGCUGUACCCGUACUUGACAAUCCACAUGAGAGAACUGGGAAUCAAUGUGGAGGAAACAGCCAUAAUGUCGGCCGUGACACCCGUCGUGGCCAUCGUGAUGCCGCCUGUAGCUGGUAUGGUGGCAGACCGAAUAGGGAACUUCAGGAUUCUGCUGUCAAUUUUCUCGUCGCUGGGAGGUGCAGCUUCGCUACUCCUACUCCUAGUGCCUGUCGGUCGAGUGACUGUAACGUAUCCCGAGCGCGUGAUUCUCGACGUGGGAUGCAGCGUGGAACAGGACAGGAACUUACACCUGGGAUUGAGCCGGGAUCCGCCGUGUACCUUCGUGCCGGCUUUCAGCGAUGGAAAGAUACACCAGGUGGAGACAACCCUGGAGGCCUGCGGAUUCAUUUGCGAGUCAGUCACGGGAAGCCAAGUAACUCCAAUAUCACUCUUAACAAAUGACGAACAAGACAUGUCACAACGCAUCCUCCGGACUCAACGCUAUGACGUUAUGAUUAGUAGCGAUUUCCCCAAGAACGCGAAGGAGAUAUACUCCUAUGCACUCACAUCGGAACAAAUGCCGUCAGUCGACGAGGACAGGGACUUGAGGAGCCACCGCUUCAGGAAGAACAAUGACUUCUACCAAACCUCAGUUAGAAACAUUUCAAACAACUCGUUCUUCUUUCCAACCACCGGACUCUAUAACCUCUCGUGUGUCAUUGCAAACACGACGUAUAAGUGUCAAUUUGGCAACAACGCUAGUGUGGAAGAAGGAGUGUCGAGGAUCCAGACGUCCAGACAUCGAUUCAAGACAAGCCUACUUCUCGCUAAUACGAACGCCACAGACAACCUAUUCCUAGCAAUGGGGAUAAAAAACUGGGCUGGUGUGUCCAAGAAAAAAAUGAAUGCGACAUGCAGUGAUGCAUUCACUCAGGACGGCCGCAAAGUGAGUAUAUCAAUACCGCUGCUGGAGUCGAAUGACACAGUGCAGCUGUCCAAUUGCCGGCCUCGGUGCCUGCUGACGGCGCCGCGGACAGACGUCUGCUCAAACCUCGAAACAGAAGAGGUAUAUGACAUCCGAUUGACAUUCUGGAGCUACCUGGCGAUCAGGGUGUUCAUCGGCAUGAUCGGAGGGACGGCCUUCGCUAUGUUCGAGGGCGCGGUGAUCGCGAUCCUGAGGGAGCAGAGCGCAGACUACGGACUGCAGCGAGUCUACGCCACAAUCGGCGGCAUGAUCAGCUCCCCGUUAUCUGGGAUGAUGAUCGACUACGCGAGCAGAGGCAAGGGAUACACUGACUUCAGGCCGGCCUUCUACCUGUACGCUGGUCUCAAAAUUGCCAGCGGUCUGCUAAUGCUCACAAUCAACUUGGAAUUCAAGUCGCCCGCAAAUAAUGUUGUAUCUGACGUCGUGUCUGUGAUGAGGAACAUCGAGCUAGUGGCCCUCUUCAUCGCCAUCUUUGUGCUGGGGACGGCGUGGGGCUACAUCGAGAGCUUCCUCUUCUGGCUGCUGCAGGAUUUGGGAGCGUCUCGCUCUCUUAUGGGGAUAACGAUAACAGUCGGUGGCAUCGCUGGGAUUCCCCUCCUCGUGCUCUCUGGUCCAAUCAUCGACAAGAUAGGACACGCUAAUGUUCUGUUCAUUGGCUUCAUUUUCUACGCCAUCAGACUUCUUGGGUACUCUCUGAUCUACAACCCUUGGCUGUGUCUCAUUUUCGAGGCAAUGGAGAGCGUGACAUCAUCAUUAUCUUUCACUGCGGCAGUCACAUACGCUGCCAAGCUGUCAACUACAACCACCGACUCCAGCAUACAGGGACUGCUAGGUGGUCUCUACUUCGGCGUCGGCAAGGGUGCAGGCAGCCUUAUCGGCGGCUACAUGAUGAAGGCGUUCGAUACGCGCCCCACGUAUCGCAUGUUUGCGGCGGCCUGCGCUGUCACAGGGCUCUUGUACUUCGUGUUCAACACAUUCUACCUCCGGAAGAGACCGCAGGUUGAAGGCAAUGACAUUGUAAAGAAGAAGGUCCCUACGUCAGAACCCGGUGGUCCGGAAGAAAUAGGCUUUUAUAACAUUUCUAAGGAGAAAGGACUCAAUAACGGAAUGAACGAAAACAGAAAAACUGAAACUAUUCCUAUCAAGGCAUUGGGGCUGAAAUCCUAUUCAUCGGCAGAAGACAAUAAUUCGAAAAAUAAAGCAUCUGUGGAAUGCAAUGUAAAUUUUGGUUAUGACGCGACUGGUGAAGAACAGAACGUAACAAUGGGAGGUUCUGCAAUACAAAAAUGUGAAAAAGUUACGGACGACUCGAGAAAUGACAAACAAAAUGGAGAAGAGGAACAUGAGAAACACCAAAGAUUCUGAAAGUGCUGGAAAUGUAAUAAAAGAAGAAAAUUCGACAUAAUAAUGUGCUGUAAAUUACUAUUAUUAUAAUUAUUGAAGUCUAUAAAGUAGAUCAAAAUGUGACAUUUUACUUGAUAAAGGUUUAUAUGAUAAUUUUAAAGUAAAUCGAAUUGCAUAAAUAGAAUAAAGAAAUGUGAAAUAAAUCGAGGCGAUAAAUUCCA